GUACGAUUUAAGCUAUUAAGCGAUAUUUGUAUUUUUGUUAACGUGUGCACGGGAAUCUACACCUAUAUUCACUGAUUACAUACACACUUUUUUGAUAUGUUUACGUGGUGCUGCUGCUACAGCGGUUUCUUAAAAGGAUAAUGCGACUAGUUUUUGGAGAUUUUAUUUCUAAAAAGCAAUUAACCAAUGUGAAUUAUAACACAUCAUAGCUGAUGAUUGCUAUUCUAUUGUUCUCGCAUAAAAAAGUUUUUGUGUGUUUUUAAAUAGGUUGAAAAGUAUUCAUAUAAUAUAUAGUCUAUGUGCAUUAACAUCGCCAUAAGUAUUUAAAUAGUGAGAACGUUCAAAUGAUUGAUAGUUUUGUAAACAAACUCCGAUAUUUCAUAUGCAAUAAACCAAACCUAUUUUCUUUGAAGACUUCAAGGACUAUUUCAAUGCAUAUAUAGUGAAUGAAAAAAGUGGCAAAUGAACAACGGGCAUGCGCUAAAAAAGGAUACAAUCAUUCAUGUUGUUUAUUAGCACAUAUUUCACUAAAAGCAACUUUAGUUGUUAUAAAAAAAGUUAACCAUGAACAUUUAAGGUAGAGGUACCAAGUGUUCUUGCAGUUUUCUAGUUAAAAUCCCUGACUAAAUAUAAUAAAGAUUUAUGUUCAAAGACAUUUAUUUAUGAGUAGUUUUUUUUUAAAGGUUAGCCUAACAAGCGGUGGUAUUUUUUGUAGCAAAUGAGCUCUAAAGCGCCCUUGACCUGAACAACUCUGCUUAAUUUUAAGUUUCACGCUUUUGUCAGAGCCUCAUUUAUAAGAAGUUUUUAUUUAUUAUACAAAUGUAUGUACAUUACAAAUUUAUUCACUUGCUUAAGAGAUUUUUUUCAAAUCUUUGGUUGCUUGUACAAAAGUUAUAUAGUAUGUCUUCAUUGUCAUAGUCUUCAGUGAAAUAAACUAGGUUUAAACUGCCUUACUACCAGUUUAACUGGUCAGCUCACUAUCUUUUCAAGAAACAAGUAUUUGUGUAUUUUUCCAUUUUUGAAAUGUAAGUUGCAAACAUGAAUUACAUUUCAGGUUAUCUGACGAUUCGUAAAACUCGCGAAGUAUAAAUUAAAAAUUCAUCUUUCAAUUUGGUGACAGUAGUAUGUAUAUACUAGCCGACCUGGCGAAGUUUGUUUUGCCAUAGUAAAUUUUAGGAAAAUAUCUAACACUAAAAGUGUGUGGAAGAUAUAAUUAUAAUUGAAAGAGGCAUGAAAAUGAAAUAUACAUAUGUUAAAUUACAGUAUUGAUAGCUACCUAUAUACCGAAAAAUUUUUAUAUUUCUUCAAUUAACUAUUUCAAUUAAAAAUAAACAAAGAUUAAUCACUCAACGCAAUGGAGUGUAUGUAUAAUUUUGUCGGUCAGCCCGUUUUAGCGCAUACCAACAAACUGGAUAGCAAGAUUUCACAGUGACACAAAAUGCAAAAAUCCUAUACCGAAAUGUGCAAGAGCACGACAGCUCCCAUUGCAGGAUCUAGUGAUAUAAGAAUAGCUGAUUCGGUAAAUUUAUUGUAAAUGACUAUUAUGCAAAACUAUUGUGAAUGACUAUUUUAACGAGUAUUGUGAAUGAAUAAAUAAAAAAAAAAAAAACAAAAUAAAUUGCGAAAAAUUAACGAAUUUAUUUUUUAACAAGAAAAAACGUUAGCUUCGGCUUCACCGAAGCUAAUAUACAUAUGUACACUUCAAAUUUCGUGAAGAUUCCACUUGAAAUGCGAAAGUUUUCCAUAUAAGCCCUUGAUUACGAUCAUUCAGCAAGAUGCUAUAGUUAACUGAUCUGAACAAUUUUUUUCGAGAUUACAUUGUUGCCCUGGAAAAUAAUCUAUACCAAAUUUCGUGGAUAUAUUUUUCCAAAUGCAAUACCAGCACCAGAUUCAGAUAGUUCAGUUGCUAUAUGCAAUAGUACGCCGAUCUGAACAAUUUCUUCGUAUAUUACAUUAUUAUCUUGGAAAAUAACCUGUGCCAACUUUUGUGAAGAUACAUUUGUCAAAUGUGAAAGUUUUCCGUACAAGAACUUGAUUCCGAUAGUUAAGUUUGUACGGCAGCUAUAUGAUAUAGUGGUCCGAUAUCGGCAGUUCCGACAAAUGAUCGGCUUCUUGAAGAGAAAAUGACGUUUGCAAAAUUUCAAGACGAUAUCUUAAAAACUGAAGGACUAGUAUGUAUAUAUACUCAAAGUACGUAAAUCGACUCAGCUCAACAUAUUGAUCAUUUACAUAUACAUAUUAGGGUAUUUUUUUUAACUAUUAAUUUUUUUCAGUCCCGUCACGAAAUUUCCUUGGAAAUACUCUAAAAAAAAUUCCCUGAAAAUUUUAGACCUUAAUAUCAACAUUAAGAACUGGACCAAGGCCUGUAAACGUUUUCCAUAGAAAAUACGCUACAAUCGUGAGUUUUUGUCUUUAAAUUCCUACACAUCAGAGGUAUUUUAUGGCAUCGCCUUGACUUUAGACGCAUAUUUCUCGGAAUCGUUCGCUAUACAAAAGUGCCCAGGCAACAAAGUCGUAACCGGUCAGGUAGUACGGGGCUCUAAACCCAAUUUUUUCUCUAAUUUCGCAUUUUUUUGUAUAUAUCUCGUAAAUGACAGGAGCUAUAGAAAAAAUUAUCAUGACGAAUUUGUAGGAAAUUUGAUUUGCUAUAAAAGAGGUCCGAGGUCAAAAUCGCUAUCAUUAAUAUUUCUCGAGACAUUCAGCUUUUUAAGUAAGGCUGUAUGCAAUUUUGAUAGAUUUUUUAGAACAUACCGAAGGUUUCCAACAAAUGCUCCGAGUCUCAAGAGGUCAAUUUACGUUGCUAUUGUCCUUAUAUCGUUUGGGUUCAUCGGGUGAAAGUGCGGCAAUUCGGAAAGUAGCUACACUGUUUGGUGUAGGAGAUGGUGAAACGCUUAACAAGAUCACAAAUAUACCGCAUAGCCAUAAUUUAUCAGCAACACAUUUGCUUGCAUCGCCGGAUGGUUCACGUUACUUAUUGGAAAACUCUAAUGAUCUGAGUCAAUUAGAUGAAAGCUUUUCACGACUAGCUGGUUGUGGGUCCAGCCCCGAUGGCACAUCGCUUUGGGCCCGGCAUGGAAUAUCUGCUUCUCAUAAUUCAAUUAUUAAUUGUUUUUUAGUUUGUCAACGUAGUUUAAAGCAGUAUAUGGCACGACGAAAAAUUGAAAGAGGUUUGCGCCUUUAUGAACAACACAAUCAAAAUGCUGCGGUACGCAUUUGGCGAAGCGCUUUGAAAGCGACUGAUCGCCGUGAAGAUUGUUUUCAAAUACUUGGUUAUCUUUAUCAGGCCCAUAUGGAUUGGGGUAAAUAUCGUGAAGCGAUAGAAUUUGGACAUCGGCAAUUAGGAAUAUCUGAAGAGUUGGAUUCACCUACAAUGCGUGCGGAAACUUAUCUAAAUUUGGCGAGAGCCCACGAGCGCCUCGGCGGUCUGGAACGUGCCCUCAGCUAUGCUCGCCAUUCCCUGUAUAACGAAUGUGGGACCCAAUGUCGAACUGGAGGGCUUGUGCAUUUGACAGUGGCCCGCGUUUACUUGGAGAUGGGAGGAUUUUCGCGGGCACUUGAAGGCUUGCAAGGGGCUCAUAAGAUAGCCACUUCUAUAGGUGAUCCAUCACUUGAGUUGCAGGUAUAUGUAACGCUGUCUGAGCUGUUCGGUCGUCUGCAGGAUAAUGAUAAGAGCGCAACUUAUGCUUCUAAAGCUUAUGACUUAUCGCGUUCAUUACAGCUGGGCGAUCUCAAUUCGUCACAUCAUCGUGCUGCAUUGUUGAGGAUGGCGGCUGCUCUCCGUAAACAAGGCGAUCUGGGUGACGCGCAUGACUAUUGUAUGGAAGCUACUCGCCUUGCGUUGAUUUCUGGAGAUCAAGCAACGUAUACGCGCAGCUUACGAAUAAUGGGUGAUAUAUAUCGCAAGAAAGUGGACAUGGAUCGCGCUUUUCGGCAAUAUGAACAAGCUAUGGGAACUUCAGCUGCACUAGGCGAUCGCAUGGCACAAAUGGAAGCAAUGGAUGGAGCAGCGCGCUGUUUAGAAUCAUUGCGGAUACAGCAAAAAAUUUGUAAUUGCCGGCCACUUGAAUUUAAUACGCGUUUGCUUGAGGUCGCAAGCUCCAUUGGCUCCAAGCUUUUGGUGCGUAGAAUACGGAGUCGUCUUGCUCUUAUCUAUCGUGCUUUAGGCGAUGAAGAACAGUACAGUACACAUUUGCGGCUGGCGGGUCAAACUGAUGUAGCGCUUGGGUUGUUUUGUGGUGCAUGCGGUGAUACUUUUGGCUUAGAGCCGAACUCAAUAGAAGCACUACCAUGUGCUCAUAUCUUACAUGCACGUUGCGCUCAUGAUCUUUUGCGACGGCGAGAAAAGGGUCCCUCUCGUGCUUGUCCAGCAUGUAAUAAAUUAUUGAGCUCACGACUUCAUCUUUGUGGUAAUGAAAGCAGUUGUGGUCCUGGUUGUGGCAGUGAACCCACUAACACAUUAAAUAUGAAUGACGCUGCUGCUGACAGUUUACUGGCAAUCGAUACGGUCGAUAUUAUGGCGCCUUUUUGUACAGCGAACGGUAGAGUCAUACGUAAUUCUAAUGAAAAGACGAUCAUCUGUAACGGGUUGACCAGUGCUGCGCCAAAUGUUGACAGCACCUCUUUGCUAUUGACCACAACUUCGUCACCAAAACCGUUGUACCGGAGUAAUUUAUCAUUGGCAUCCCUGAGUUUACGUGCUUCUAGUUUAACUAUAGAUAGCGCUCGAAAUGCCACUUCGUCGGUUUAGAAAUGAUUGCGAUAUUAUUAUGACCAAAAUAAUCUAGAAAUAAUGAAAUAUUAAAAAAGCAACAAACAGAUUGUAAAAGAAAUAGCUCAAGAUACCAUAAUAUAAGUAUCCGAGCUCAUAAGCACCUAAGUUGCAGAGAAGUCUUUUAAAAAUUGCAGGUAAUGUUAUUAAAAAAGUUGAAAAUUCGUGCAAAAUGUAAUUCAAAACAAUGUACCUACUAAUAGUCUUAGAAAAAAGAAUGAUGUAAUGAAAGAUUAAAGAAGAAAGUGAGGGAGUUAGAGUUCUUUUAUUUGUAUUUUAAACCAACAUUAAAAAAUAGAAAGAUAGUAUGUAUAUCAUUCUUGAUCGUAUACAUAAAUGGUGGACAUUUCAUAUCACAAUCAGGGAUAAAGGGGUGCCGAACUUAUUCCAUAGUCAGACAUUUUCCAAUGUAGCCAGAUCGAAAAAAAAAUAAUAAUUUUGGGGAAUUCAAAAUAAAACACCCAACAUUUAUUACGAUGAAAAUUAUUAUAUAUUCGUUUAAUUUAUAGAGAAACAAUUUAUUAUGACUAUUUUUAUGAUUUUAUGGUAAAUUAAAACAACUGAUUUUUGAGCUUUCAAUACAAAAUAAAGGGAUUUGAGCUUAAUAUCUAUCAAUUAAUAAAGGUUUUCAAUAAUUUUCCAGUGAAAAUUAAUAAUUUGAUGCAUAAUUUUACAAAACAUUUACAUUUAAAUUUCUUUAUAUUUAAUUUUCACAAAUCCCUCCGUUCACAUAUAUAUUUCUGGUAGAAUUUCAAUCUGGUCGUUCAAAGUGCCUACCCGAUCAGUCACCUGCCAAAGGCGAGUCUUUAUCGCUGGUACAAAUGUGCAAGUUGACGACAGCAAUACCCUGAUACAUGGAACACAUAGGCGACGACAAGCGACUGUCCAAUAUAAAAAUACUCAAGUUCUUAUAACCAAAUUUCGCAAAACUAAAAACAUUUCUAAUUUUGCCGACGACAUUGGGCAGCUGAAAACUAGUCUAAAGUUAUUUUACCGGCAGAAUACAGAAAUUGCUUUGAUAUAUUAUUUUUAUAACAAAUUAAAUACUAUUUAUAUAUUUUGUGCACACAAAAUUUCACUAUGAUCAAAAUAUUUAAAUGUUAUUCAAGUGAACGGUUUUAGUACAGCAACAAAGAAGUUGUGUACAUCAGCUUUUUGAUACCUAUGUCGCUGGCCUCUUCAAAAUGUUCAAGAGUCUGGCUUCAAGACGACAUUUGCAUACAAGAAAAUUUCUCUGUAGUGCAGUCAUUUUUUGUUCAAAACAUUACGCCUUAUAGUUCAGUCGUUGUCGAGAUGAAAUUAACAUCGCCCAUUGUAGUGCCGCUAAACCAAAUGUGCGUGCUCUGCACGAAGUUCUGUAUUAUUAUGAAUGCAUUUUUUGUAAUGAAAAACAUUUUGUGUUUUAGGUUAUUUAAAGACAAUAAGGUAUUUAUGUUCGAACAUAAUUCGUUUAAUCGUAAUAUAUACAAAGUCAACAAAAAAGCAUAGAAUUGCUUGUUUUACGAAAUAAUAAAAAUAUACUUAUUGGACGGUUACAUAGGUCUCAGGGGGUGUCUUUACUUUCGUGCUUUCUCGCUCUCAACUGAUAUCACGGGCACCUCAAAUUGCUAGUUUGCAUUUCUUAAUAGGGUCCAUUGCCAUAUGAUAAUCAACUGUUUCAUGUAAAAGGAAGAAUAAUAAUCCAAGAAGUUAAGUAAAAUCGCAGAAGAAGAUAUUUAUUAUAUAAGUAAGUGUUCGCAUCUUAUUAGGUCCGCACUAAAGACGCUGGAACUAGCAGAAGUAAAGCAAGGAAUCCCGUAUGGAUGAAUAUAUAUUAAUAAAUAAUAAAAUUAUGGAAUUUCAAUUCUGGUGUCAUUGAUCUACUACUUGGUUAAAUUAACUGAUAUUCCCUUUAUAAAUAUUUAUUAUUAACUCUAUUUUAAAUAUAUUUCAUUUUCUUGAAAGUGGUCAGUGUAAUUCACAUGUGUAAUUAUUUUCUUUAUUAACUCUUUCUCUCUCCCUUUCUUUUGAAGUUAGUGUUUUGUGUGCUUCCUUUAAUGUCUGUCUUAGGCAAACUACUCAACUAUAGUUAGUAAAAUGUACAUUAAUUUUAACUCUAUGAAUAGUUUCAAUGGUUUAAAGCUAAAUAAAUAUGAAUUAAUGUUAAGCGAUUAGUACCUUAAAAUAUUGUUAACAAAAUAUUGAAUAAGUUACCUAUAUACAAAACUUAAGAAAAAAGUUGACGAAGAAAUUGAAUGAAAAUAUUUACCUUAAGCAAUUCAAUCUAAUCAAUUUAUGAGCUACAUAUCAUUGAUUUGCCUACAAAACUUUGUUUUAAUGAUUAUUAUUAUAUCAACAUAGAUAUUGGAAAAAAUUUCCAAAAAUUCAAAAAUAAUAAUUUUAGUUAAAAGAGGAUAUGGCAUGAUCAGGGAUUUAGCUGUUAUAAUUAUUGUGUUUCAAACAGGUCGAGGUCAAAUUAUGAUCAAUACAAUAUACAAUCUCCACCAAGAAAAACGGAAUUAAAAAUGGUCAUUACGCCUCUAAUAACUA